GCCGCUUGCGGUCCCUGCCUGCCCCGGGCCCCGGGCAUCGUCGCCGCCCGCUGAUUCCUCGCCCUGCUCGCUCGGCUUGCUCUUUUUUGAACGGAAAGCAGCCCUUCUCCACCGAGGAUCGUCCCCAGCGUGGCUCCGCGUUCCCGGUCACUUUUUGAGAUUUUUCCGGGGGGCGCUCGGCGGCUUCCCGGAUUCCAGGGGGACUCGGGCCGCCGAGCGCGGGGGGCCCGUAGAGCGGGCGAGCAGGGGAAGAGCCAGGGUUUAGCGGAGGCUCACACGGAGACAAGAACUUAUUCAACAAGUUUACCCCCCUGCCUUCUUCUUUUCGAUGUGCGUUUUCGGACAUGCGGAGGUUACUGGAACCGUGUUGGUGGAUUUUGUUCCUGAAAAUCACCAGUUCCGUGCUCCAUUAUGUCGUGUGCUUCCCCGCCUUGACGGAAGGCUAUGUUGGGGCCCUGCAUGAGAACAGACACGGCAGCUCAGCGCAGAUCCGCAGGCGCAAGGCUUCAGGCGACCCGUACUGGGCCUACUCAGGUGCCUAUGGUCCUGAGCACUGGGUCACGUCUAGUGUCAGCUGCAGGGGCCGUCACCAGUCUCCCAUAGACAUUUUAGACCAGCAUGCACAGGUCGGCGAAGAGUACCAGGAGCUGCAGCUGGAUGGCUUCGACAGUGAGUCUUCUAACAAAACCUGGAUGAAAAACACAGGGAAAACAGUUGCCAUCCUCCUAAAGGACGACUAUUUUGUCAGUGGUGCCGGCCUGCCUGGCAGAUUCAAAGCCGAGAAGGUGGAAUUUCACUGGGGACAGAGCAAUGGCUCGGCGGGCUCUGAACACAGCAUCAACGGCAGGCGCUUUCCUGUGGAGAUGCAGAUUUUCUUUUAUAAUCCAGACGACUUUGACAGCUUUCAAACUGCAAUUUCUGAAAACAGAAUAAUCGGAGCUAUGGCCAUAUUUUUUCAAGUCAGUCCAAGGGACAAUUCCGCACUGGAUCCUAUUAUCCAUGGGUUGAAGGGCGUCGUACAUCAUGAGAAGGAGACCUUUCUGGAUCCUUUCGUCCUCCGGGAUCUCCUGCCUGCGUCCCUGGGGAGCUAUUACCGGUACACGGGUUCUCUGACCACCCCGCCGUGUAGCGAAAUUGUAGAGUGGAUCGUCUUCCGGAAGCCUGUCCCCAUCUCUUACCAUCAGCUCGAGGCUUUUUACUCCAUCUUCACUACAGAGCAGCAAGACCACGUCAAGUCGGUGGAGUAUCUGAGAAAUAACUUCCGACCACAGCAAGGUCUGAAUGACAGGGUGGUGUCCAAGUCUGCGGUCCGCGACGCCUGGAACCACGACAUGACGGACUUCUUAGAAAACCCACUGGGGACAGAAGCCUCUAAAGUUUGCAGUUCUCCGCCCAUCCACAUGAAGGUGCAGCCUCUGAACCAGACGGCGCUGCAGGUGUCGUGGAGCCAGCCGGAGACCAUCUACCACCCGCCCAUCAUGAACUACAUGAUCUCCUACAGCUGGACCAAGAACGAAGACGAGAAGGAGAAGACGUUCACGAAGGACAGCGACAAGGACUUGAAAGCCACCAUUAGCCACGUGUCACCUGAUAGCCUUUACCUGUUCCGAGUCCAGGCCGUGUGUCGGAAUGACAUGCGCAGUGACUUCAGCCAGACAAUGCUCUUUCAAGCUAAUACCACUCGAAUAUUCCAAGGGACCAGAAUUGUUAAAACAGGAGUGCCCACGGCGUCUCCUGCCCCGUCGGCUGACAUGGCCCCCAUCAGCUCGGGGUCUUCGACCUGGACCUCCUCCGGCAUCCCCUUCUCAUUUGUCUCCAUGGCGACUGGGAUGGGCCCGUCCUCCAGCGGCAGCCAGGCGACCGUGGCCUCGGUGGUCACCAGCACGCUCCUGGCCGGCCUGGGCUUCAGCGGCGGCGGCAUCCCCUCCUUCCCCAGCACCGUGUGGCCCACGCGCCUGCCGACGGCCGCCUCGGCCAGCAAGCAGGCGGUCAGGCCCGUCCUGGCCACCACGGAGGCCUUGGCUGCCCCGGGCCCCGACGGCGACCCGGCCCCGACCGAGGACAGCGAGGGCGCGGAGGAAGGGGAGGAUGAGAAAAGCGACAGUGAAGACGGGGAGCGAGAGCAUGAGGACGAGGGCGAGAAGGACGCCGAGAAGAAGAAGAGCCGGCCGGGCCACGCCGCCCAGGAGCCGCGUCAGGACGAGCCCACCCCCGCCCCGUCUCCCAGCGGGACCGCCGAGGACGGCGGGCGUCAGACCCUGCCCGGGCCCGGGCGGGACCCCACCGCGGCCCCCACACACCAGCCCGAUGCCGCGGGGGGCGCCCGCCCGGCCACCGCCACCCCGGGGCCCCCCACGGCCACAGAGGAGCGCUUCGAAGGGAGCGACCCCAGGAGGCCCCAGGCGCCGUCAAAAAAGCCCGUGUCCCGAGGGGACCGAUUUUCCGAGGAUAGCAAAUUUAUCACGGUUAAUCCAGCAGAAAAGAACACCUCUGGAAUGAUAAGCCGUCCUUCUCCAGGGAGGAUGGAAUGGAUCAUCCCUCUGAUUGUGGUCUCAGCCUUGACCUUCGUGUGCCUCAUCCUUCUCAUUGCUGUGCUAGUUUAUUGGAGAAAAUGUUUUCAGACAGCUCAUUUCUACGUGGAAGAUAGCAGUUCCCCUCGGGUGGUCCCCAAUGAAAGUAUCCCUGUGAUUCCUAUUCCGGAUGACAUGGAAGCCAUUCCUGUCAAACAGUUUGUUAAACACAUUGGUGAGCUCUAUUCUAAUAACCAGCAUGGGUUCUCCGAGGAUUUUGAGGAAGUCCAACGCUGUACGGCCGAUAUGAACAUCACUGCAGAACAUUCCAAUCAUCCAGAUAACAAGCACAAAAACAGAUACAUCAACAUUUUAGCAUAUGAUCACAGUAGGGUGAAGUUAAGACCUUUACCAGGAAAAGACUCUAAGCACAGUGACUACAUUAAUGCAAACUACGUCGAUGGUUACAACAAAGCGAAAGCCUAUAUCGCCACCCAGGGACCUUUAAAGUCUACAUUUGAAGAUUUCUGGAGGAUGAUUUGGGAACAAAACACUGGAAUCAUUAUCAUGAUUACGAAUCUUGUGGAAAAAGGAAGACGAAAAUGUGAUCAGUAUUGGCCAACAGAGAAUAGUGAGGAGUAUGGAAACAUUAUUGUCACACUGAAGAGCACAAAAGUACACGCCUGCUACACUGUUCGUCGUUUUUCAGUCAGAAAUACAAAAGUGAAAAAGGGUCAGAAAGGAAAUCCCAAGGGUCGUCAGAAUGAAAGGGUCGUGAUCCAGUAUCACUACACUCAGUGGCCUGACAUGGGAGUUCCUGAGUAUGCCCUCCCCGUCCUGACCUUCGUGAGGAGAUCCUCGGCAGCCCGGACACCAGAAAUGGGCCCUGUGUUGGUGCACUGCAGCGCUGGUGUGGGCAGGACCGGCACCUACAUUGUAAUAGACAGCAUGCUGCAACAGAUAAAGGACAAAAGCACAGUAAACGUCCUGGGAUUCCUGAAGCACAUCAGGACACAGCGUAACUACCUCGUCCAGACUGAGGAGCAGUACAUUUUCAUCCAUGAUGCCUUGUUGGAAGCCAUUCUAGGAAAGGAGACCGAAGUAUCCUCUAAUCAGCUGCAUAGCUAUGUUAACAGCAUCCUCAUACCAGGAGUAGGAGGAAAGACACGGCUGGAGAAACAGUUCAAGCUGGUCACACAAUGUAAUGCCAAGUAUGUGGAGUGCUUUAGUGCUCAGAAAGAGUGUAACAAAGAAAAGAACCGAAACUCUUCCGUCGUGCCAUCCGAGCGUGCCCGAGUGGGUCUUGCACCGUUGCCUGGAAUGAAAGGAACAGAUUACAUUAAUGCUUCUUAUAUCAUGGGCUAUUAUAGGAGCAAUGAAUUUAUUAUAACCCAGCAUCCUCUGCCACAUACUACGAAAGAUUUCUGGCGAAUGAUUUGGGAUCAUAAUGCACAGAUCAUUGUCAUGCUGCCAGACAACCAGAGCUUGGCAGAAGAUGAGUUUGUAUACUGGCCAAGUCGAGAAGAAUCCAUGAACUGUGAGGCCUUUACCGUCACCCUUAUCAGCAAAGACAGACUGUGCCUCUCUAAUGAAGAACAAAUUAUCAUCCAUGACUUUAUCCUUGAAGCUACACAGGAUGACUACGUCCUAGAGGUUCGGCACUUCCAGUGUCCCAAAUGGCCUAACCCAGAUGCCCCCAUCAGCAGUACUUUCGAACUUAUCAACGUCAUCAAGGAAGAGGCCUUAACAAGGGAUGGCCCCACCAUUGUUCAUGAUGAGUAUGGAGCAGUUUCAGCAGGAAUGUUGUGUGCCCUUACCACCCUGUCCCAGCAACUGGAGAAUGAAAAUGCUGUGGAUGUUUUCCAGGUUGCAAAAAUGAUUAAUCUUAUGAGGCCUGGAGUAUUCACAGACAUUGAACAAUACCAGUUUGUCUAUAAAGCAAUGCUCAGCUUGGUCAGCACUAAAGAAAAUGGAAAUGGUCCCAUGACAGUGGACAAAAAUGGUGCUGUUCUCAUUGCAGAUGAAUCAGAUCCUGCCGAGAGCAUGGAAUCUCUGGUGUGAUUGGAAUCCUGAAAGGGCACUUAAUUUGUAAAACUUCUGAAGACUGAGAACUUUUUUGAGGCCUUUUUUGCCAGACUCUAGGUUAUACAAUAACCCAGUUACUUUUUUACACUGAUAAAAGUUUUGAUAUUUAUUUUUUGCCAUUUUAUGUCUUAAUGGUAUCCUACUGAGCAUUUGCACCUCUGUUCAUUUCACACAGUGAAACGCAGUUUUCCCUAGUUUGCACUAUAUGAUCAGUGUUACUGCCUAUAAUCUAAUACUAAAGCAAGCCCUGAUGUGACAUUCCAUGACAACAUACAUGCUACUUUUUAGUUCAGUACAAUGAAGGUCUUUGUUAUGACAGUGGAUCUUGGUUUAUUAUUAUUAUUAUUGUUAUUAUUAUUACUACUAGAGCAGUUGCAUCCUCCUAGCAGGCAAUGCUGAGCUUUUCCUCAGUCAUCUCCUAUUUUUUUCAGGCACUGCUCCAUGCUGUCUGCCUUCUGUAUUUUAAUGGAGUGAAUGGGCAUUGUGUUCUUUUAAGGAGUAGCAGGAUCCUGGGAGCUACUAAGACAGUCUAUCAACCUCAUGGCCUUGAGACAGUUCCAUUUAUGAUGGUGAAGGUAUCCAUUAAGAAAUUAGAAGGCUUUAAGAACUUUAUGUGAACAUCACUUAUUAGUUAAAGUUAUACUCAUAGCCUAAAAAAAAUGCCCAACUGUGUCAAAAUAAAGGAUAUCUCUGUACUACAAUUUUCA